AUGACUGCUACUGCAGGAGAUGCUACCAAGAUGGACAUGCAACUAAACUGGAAAGCUCUAUGGCAGGCUACUUUGUCAGGAGGAGAUUUCUUACUUUGGAGUUCUGAGUGGCAUGAAGCCAGUAAGAAAAAUGUCACUUUGAAUGCUCAGUCGGGGAACCCAGAUUGGGAUCUUGACAUGCUUUUGGGAGAAGGUCAAUAUGAAGGCAAUGUUAAUCAGAUUGGGUUUCCUGCUAGAGUGUAUGCUCAGGUUGCAAUGGCAGCCCGCUGUGGUUGGACUCAGUUACCAAUGAAAGGCGAUUUCAGUGGAAGUUUAGCCAGCAUCAGACAAGCCCCAGUUCUUCUCAGGAACCUCUUCAUCUUGCAAGCGGUACGGCUGGUGCUAACGUACAACUUUUCUAACUGUGACUUCGAGGAGCUUUCGGAAACAUAUCGUGCAACAAUUUUUCCUAUCCUGCGUGAAGAUUUGAAUGGGACUCUGUUCGACCAAAUGGAAGACUGUGAGAGCAAGCCAGCUUGUCUCCUGAAAAUCGAGUACUAUACUCUCAAUCCUAUCCCUGGCUGCCCAUCACUCCCCGAGAAAGAAUUCGCCUUGAGAACGAGAGCAGCCUUCAUUAAGCACUGCCCAGGCUUCUCUGAAACUGAGAGAAAAGGCACUCAGGAAAUGGCACAAGAAGUGAAAAACAUCUGCCUGAAUCAAACCUCACAAAUUCGAGGAUUGUGGUAUUCCUUCUUUCAAUCUCCAUGACAAAAUUAGCUUUCAGUUUAUACUAUGAAAAGGUUUAUCUUGUUUUUAGUAGAUGUAAUACUAAGGGUGUGACACUUAAAAGAACACUGAUGUUUAUUCUUUAAUUACAGAAGGAAUUCUUAACUUAUUAUUAUUAUUUUUUUUUUUGGCAUAUCACUGUUGUUUAGUGUAGGUGCUUUAAACGGGAAAUGGGCAUUACUCCUUUAAUGGAAACAUCUGUACUGUUAAUGGAAACAUCUGUACUGUUAAUGGCCAGCUUCUGAGUACUCUUUCUCACCUCUCCGGCAGACAUCUUACUCUAGGGCAAGCCUAACCAUUGUAGAAAGAGAAUUGAAAGUAGAAAAAAGUUAAAACCAAUGUCAGUAUCUAAAGCCUUUUUAAAAGGCAAGAAUUUUUCUACCUGUAAUGAUUCUUCUAACAUUCCUAUGCUAAGAUUUUACUAAAGAAGAAGAUGAUGGCGAAGGAAAGUGUCCAGGCAGUCACUGACACGAUGAAGCAGUGUAAAAGAGGCUUGCAGAAUCUGAGAGAAACUGCUGUGAUUGUAUUGUACAUCCAGCUGUAAAAGUGAUCAGACCCACUUGGGAUGCAGGAGCAGAUCGGAAAGGGCCUUGUACAGCCAUGAGAUGUAUAUUUAAAGUUGUAGAUAAUGAGUCUCUAAUUUAUUUUGUGAGCACUUUUGAAACUAUACAUGCUGCUUUGUAACAAAUACAUUUCUGAAUAAAGUAAUUCUCAAGUUC